AAGAAAAAAAAAGACCCCAACGAUAGUUAUAGUGUGGGCCUAUUUGUAGAGAAGGCCCAUUAUAAUUUAUGUAAUCUCCUAAUUCACCCCUGAUGACGUUACGGCGUUAAUAACACGCACGCUUGAUCAGUUUAAUCUCCAGUUGACAUCAAAUCUGGUAAAGCGUCACGUUUCUUGCAUCUUGUAGUUUCUAUGGCGAUAGGGAAUGACUGAUAAUCUGCACGUGGAAGAAUCGUUGUUUGUUUGGCCUAGGCUUUGUAUUUGAAUGUGUUGGUCUGAACUGUGAAGUAGUGUGUAAAAAGGUCUUAUUGAAGUAGAGGAUCCUUGUAUUGAGUAUCUAUUUGGUCGCAGGUAUCUUCAAAAGGAACAUGAGUUGCUUGCUUGCCAUCUUCUUCCUGAUUGUAGAGAAACUUUGGACUAUGUCUGUCUAUACAAAACACCGACGCUCAGAUGGAAGGAAGUCAACUGAAUCCAGAUUGUUGAAGCAUGCCUAGGAAUCACUCGGAAUUUUCUUGAAUAUUUAUGUUUUUUUUUGUGUGUGCUUUGUUAUGCUUACUACACCAUGGAAACGCCUUCUACAUCUCUUGUACACCAGCCUUCACAUAUAUGCAGGGUUUGGUUUUGAGUAUUUUGAAGAUGAACGGGAUGCUGAAGAUGCAAUCCGCAAGCUUCACAAUUACCGUUUUGAGAAACGCAGACUAUCAGUUGAAUGGGGGAGGAGGGGUGAACGCAGCAGGCAUGGUGAUGGGUCAUAUCAGAAGCCUACAAAGACAUUGUUUGUCUGCAACUUCGACCCCUUUAGAACAAAAGAAGUCGACAUUGAACAGCACUUUCAACCCUAUGGAAAGGUCAUCAACGUACGUAUCAGGAGCAACUACUCAUUUGCUCAGUUUGCAACUCAAGCAGAUGCUACAAAAGCCCUUGAAGCUACUCAAAGAAGCCAAAUAUUGGGCAAGGUUAUUGCUGUUGAGUAUGGCUUAGAAGAUGACGAUGAAAGAGAUGACCGACGUGGUGGUGGUAGUCCGAAGAGAUCUCCUAGCCCUGCGUAUCAUAGGCGUCCAAUUCCUGAUUAUGGUCGUCCUCGAAGCCCUGAAUAUGACAGAGGCAGGAGGAGUCCAGCAGCCUAUGAACGACGCAGGAGUCCAGCAGCUUGUGAAAGACGCAUGAGUCCAGCAGAUUAUGGACGUAUGAGUCCUGAUAAUGGUAAACAAAGGAGUUCUUCUUAUGAUAGAUACAGAAGUCUAUCUCCAGUUCCAAGAGGAAGAAAAUCUGAAGAAUGCAGAACCAGAAGCUACCAAGAAUGCUUGUGACACAAUGGUAUCUCAGCCGUAGAAUGGUAGAGUUCUAGCGUGUUUUUUCUAUGUUGUGUUCGAGUUACAAUAUGUUGUUGAUAUUAGUCUGAAAACACUACUAUAACUUGUGUCCCUGAUGAUUGUAAUGGUACCUUGACUAUGAAUUCCUUUAUAGAAUUGGAGUGGAGUUCUAUGUCUUCGUUUCUUGCAGUGCACUGUUACGCUACUCAUAAGGUGGACUCAUGUGGGGUUAAAUGGGCCGGAAAGGCCCAAUAUGUGUUGGGAAUCUUGUUAAUGACGAUUUUGAAUUUUGAUCUUUGAGAAAAAGGUUUGUAUAAGAAUUAAAAAGAUGAAGGUCUAAAAUGGAAAAUCAAGAAUAUAAUUCCUAACUUCAAAAAAGUUCAGUUCAGAUACAUGCCAUUCUAAUUAUUUGACAUCUAGUCAAAUAUGAAUAAAUCUCAUAUUUCUGAUGAUCAAAACAUUUUAAGCUCCUCGACAACCCAUAGUUUAGUAUCACAUAUUUAUCGGUUACAUUUAACAUGAUUGAAAUAUUUUGGUCAACAUAGAUAUAAUACAUUUAUUCUACUUUAAAAGUUGAGAAUUAAAAUGAUUUAGUUAAAAUUUAGUCUUUCAUUUCUAUUAGAAUAACUUAUUUAAAUAUAUAUGUUUUGCUGACAAAAAAAUUGUUUUGAAUAAAUUUAAAAGAAAACAUUUUAAAAUAUGAAUCAAAAAUUAAAAAAAAAUUAUAACAUAAAACGUACUCUCUCCGUUUUUUAAUAUAGGUCGUUUUAGACAAAUUUUUUUGUUCCAAAUUAUAUGUCGUUUUCGUUUUUCUAUGUAAAAUUUAUUAAUAAUUAAUGUUGUACGACCAAUGGUAAUAUAUCUUUUAUUUUUCUAUUGGUUGAAUUGUGGUUAGGUAAAUAAUUAAUGAUAUUUUUGUUUAGAAAAUAUAAGAAAUUAAUGGUUUUCUUAAUCUACGUGCAUAGCUGUAAAACGACUUAUAUUAAAAAACGGAUGGAGUAAUUUAAAACAUAAAUUUAAAGUAAAUUCAGACAUAACAUUAAAAUGAGUUUAGAACACAUUAAAUGUCAUUUGUCAUAAGUAUGUGGUGCUUUGUCUCUGAAAGAUUGGACAGUAACAACGUGUAUGGCUGUUCGAUGUUGCGCUUUGACUUCUUCAUCGUUUUCAUUUGCUUAAAUCUGAUUUAUGUUUCUAACGAUAACAUGUUUAAGGUUUUAAUUUUAACUUUUAUGCUUGUGUUUAAAAUUGUUUUGAGUUUAAACACAUUUAUUUUUAUGUAAUAUCUGAAUUUAUAUUAUAUUUGUGUUUUAAGUUAAGUUUUUUGUUAACAAUUUUUUAUUUUUGAUUCACUUGUAAAUAUAAUAUUUCUAUGUUUAUUUUAACAUAUAUGCUUAAAUAAAACAUUCUAUUCGAGAUGAAAAAUUAUAAUUUUUUUUGGCAACCGCAGAAAUCUCAAAUGAUUUCUAGACCCAACGACUAAUACCAUAAGACUUAAAAAUUACAAAUUUCAGUUAAGUCGUUUUGAAGUAAACAAGUUUUAUCUCUCACAUUUAAACUGAAAUUCCAAAAUAAUCAUUUUUGUAUUGAGCUAGUAAGCCAUUUUAACUUUGUUAUACUGCUAAAUAUAAGUAAUUAUGCUAAUUUUAGUAGAUUUAAAAUGGCUGGUAUGAAAUUUAUUUGUGUUUGAUUAGAAAUUGAUGAUUAUAUGUCUGUGAGUUAAUAUUUUUUGCUUAUUUUCAAAAGUUAAGAAAUUAUUUUAUUAAUUUUUCUUAACUAAAAACAGUCAUUUGUAUAUUUUUAGACGACUAAGAAUCAGUGCGUCACAUUUGUCUGUGUGCGGCAUGCUUAUCUUGUGGAGACAAAUGCUUGAGAUGUUAAUGUUAUUGUAUAUAGAGUCAUAUUUGUAUAUUGAGUCCGGUACAGUACAUAUUGAGUUAUACCAAGAUAGAUUUCGGUUUAGUCCUGUUUAUAAACUCACCUCUCUGUACAUUUUCUUAAUUAAUGAGAAUGAGGUUUAUUUACUAAUAGUUAAAGACUCGGAAUUAGUUUUAGCUACGUUCGGUUUCAUUGUUUUCUCUCAUUGUGGUUUAAGUAUGUGGUUUUAAGAGACAAUUUUUUCUGGUUUAGGGAGAAUUUGUGUUCAUUGGGUUAAAAUUACAGCAAAGUUCAGUUCAUGUAGCUUAAGAUCCAAUAAGUGAUUCUUGUGAUUGUUUUGUGAAACUAGAGAACUUUGUCUGUAAGUGUGCUUGAAUCACUUCUGGUGAAACCAUAUACUCCCAGAAUUUAGUUAAUAUGAAGUAGAUGAUGAGUUAAAAUUAAAAAAAGAAUCAGUGCGUCACUUUUAUUACAUGUCCAGUAGUAUAUUAUUUGAUUUAGAUUCAUCUUUAUCUUCGAGACAGGUCCUUUUAUUCCUUCGAUUUCUUUGGCCUGAAGAUAACAGCUUUCUGUAUUUAAAAUAAAAUAUAGUUGACUCGAUGGAUCCGUUGCGCUAUUUUUUUCUCGAUUAUUUUGAAUAAAGCGACCAUGCGCAGAUAAAUCUAGAUCUGUUAUAGACUACGAGAAUAUCGCGUUUGAUUUUAUCCUAUAUACUUAAAUGUAAUUACGAGUAGUAUUCAAAUAUAGUCAGUAAUUAAAUAAUCAAAACAACACAAACCCAAUGAAAAAUCAUGUUUGGUUGGCGGGCACUAUAAAGUGGGCAUCUACUUCCGCAUUUCAAGCCAGCUACUAAUCAUCAUGUGUUCAUACUCACAUUUAUCUUAUACUAUUCCGACAAAAGUAUACUUAGUAUAUUUAUUUCAAAUUAAUAAAUAUCUGAUACAUAUCAUUUUAAUUGUUUUAUCAUACUGAUUAAAAAUAAAUUAAAACAUUCCUUUAACAUUGCAAGUUUUCGAAAAUAUGUGUAGCUUCCCCAACUGGCUUAUAAUUUAGAAGAUAAAUGCAACAGAAAAGAACUUAAUUUAUUGGUGUACGGGUUAUGGUAACCUUUACCGAGUUAAAUUUUAAAUUCUCUGAAAUGUAGUGCUUAUACAGUGAAGUUUAUGAUAGAAAAUAAUACUACGAUUUCUCAAAUUACCAACGUUAAAUGUGUAUAUACAUUUUAUAUGGAUCAAUUAGAAAUGUCACUUUCAUCUAAUUGAAAGAUUAAUAAGCGGAUUAGGUGGAUGAACGUGAAGGGUACGGUCUGAUUAUCAUUAUUUUUUAAUAAUUUAGAUAAUGAAAAUGUGGAGUGGAAUGUGACAUCGCAUUGAAACUGGUAAUAACGAGAACUGAAGAAAAGCUUGUUGUCGUCUCUCGGGUCUUAGUGGGUGUUUGCUUCAAGGGAUUUAAUUACUUUUAACUACAAAUGAUGAUGAUUCAUUAAUAUGACCAUAUUUUACAGAUCCACGCAUACUUGAAACGGAGUAUUAAGUUAAUGAAUGUUAUAAACGGCUUUUAGUUGGAGCAGGUUAACGUAUAGGCGUAAUUUUUAAAUAAUGUUAGUGAGUUAAUUCCCAGCUUGAAACUUCUUAUUUUAAAUUUUUAAUAAUUCUCUAUUCAAAGAAGAAUAACUCUCGUUUAAGGAAUUUUGUUUUUGUUUUUUUUUUUUUUUCGGCUAAAAGAUUUUAUUAAUUAUUGUCAGCACAAAUAUUGUUGUACAAAAAACCUGGACAAGAUUGGAACAAACUCCAAUCAAUCGGAGAAAUAAUAGAUUUUUUUGCUAGUAAGUCAGCACAACCAUUAUGUUGACGAUGAACAUGCACAACCAUUAAAUAGCUGUUUAUGAUAUUUACUCGUAGAAAAAGCUCUCAUAUAUUACAGUUUCGAAAAAAAAAAAGCUCUCAUAUAUUAGAGGGUGUUGUGAUGAAUUUCCGAUAAAAAGGAUAAAACAUUGCUAAGUUCAUGCACGGACACAAAAGUCAAAAAAAAAAGCUGAAGAGCGCUAUAAAUGUAAAUGUUUUUCCAAAAUGUGAUGCUUUGGGAUUCGACAAUCAUGACUCUUCGUGGAUAAUCAUUCCAAUCAUAUUUUCUUUAUUUUUACCACCCGUUAUAUAAAUUCUUUUUUGGGAUCAAUCACCCGUUGUAUAAAUUCUGAACUGAGAAGUGAGAAGACUAUAUUGUAUUAUUGAGACUUAAGUUUUGCGCUGCAAAUGCCAAAUGGUAUAUCUACUGGAUUGUGACUAUUUGACAACACACAAAUUACUGGAGAAACAAAAAUAACACAUAAUUUUGAUGGAAUUUACUAGUAUGGGCGCAUUUUAUAUAUUAAUUACUCCAACUAAUUCAUUAGUAUGGGAGUAGUUGUCUAGAAGGUAAUAAUUGUGAAUUAUAUAAACUGAAAAAGCUGAAAAUUCUGAGAAAAGUAAUUCCGUUCACAUGCAUUGAGUUCUGGGUUACCAUCAAAUAAUUUUAAAGUUUAAACUUGAUACGUUGAUUCUUAAUUUCAAAUACGAAUAUCAGCAUACUCGAUUAUUUUUACUAUGUAUAUGUUGCCACUAUUAGGUACCGUUUAGAACCUAUGUAAAAAGAAAUAAAAUUUUCAGUUAUAUUUUCCCCAUGGUUCAUACAUGUGUUCUAUCACUCUUUGCGAUACAUCGAAUCACUUGCAUACAUAUUUCGUCUGUAACAAAACAAAAACAGCUAAUAGAAUUGUUGCUAGCAUUCGCAAUGACAAAGAGAACACUGCCACAAUCAUAUUUUUGGUCGCCUUCUGUUAUAUUUUAGCUUAGUGCAUGGUUCCAUGCAAUCACUCGUUGCUGCUGUCCAUCUCAGGAAACAGCGAUAUUGAUAUAUUGUUAUUAUAACAGUGACUAUAUAUAUUAUUAUUAAGUGAUGAAUUGUUGCUAUAGCAGUGACUAAAUUAGAUAGCUAGUAAAUAUGAAACUUAUGCAGUAUUCACUCAAUAAGAAUAAAAAUGUACCAAACUUUAUGUUUACACCACUUAAAUAUAGAUCAAACUGAUUAAAAAUAAAGACAAGUGAAUUACACAAAUACUUCUGCAAAUAGAAGAAAUGAUGAAUACAGAUCUCACUGGUUACACACAAUGCACUCAUAUUCACUUAUUCUUCUACCCUCGUAUGAUAUCCCUCAGCACUCACUCCUCAGUACUAAUGAAAAUUAUCAUCACACACUAAUACUAUUUAAAAAAAACA